GGUUGGACUAUCUUGUGAUGGUAUUAUGUAAAAAUGGAAUCUAAAAUUCUUCUGUUUGUGGGUUUACUGUAUUUCGGGGCUGCUGUACCAGCUCUGUGUGGUGAGCAUUCCCUCUACUACAUCUACACGGCUCUCUCCAAACCUAUCCAACUACCCGGCAUUUAUGAGUUCAUUGCACUGGGCAUGCUCGAUGACCGAGAGCUCGAUUACUACAGCAGUCAGACACAAAUAAAGGUUCCAAUGCAGACCUGGAUGCAGGAGAAGAUGGAUAAAGAUUACUGGGAGAAAGGAACCCAGUCCCGCAAGAGUAAAGAGCAGUGGUUCAAGGUCAACCUGGAUAUCCUGAUGGAUCGGAUGAACCACAACAAGUCUGAUCUUCAUGUUCUUCAGUGGAGACACGGGUGUGUGAUUAAUGAAAACACAGAUAGGAGCGUUUCAUUUGUUAGCGGCAUUGAUGAGUACAGUUAUGACGGCUCAGAGUUCCUCUCCUUUGAUGGACAAAACUCCAGAUGGAUCGCUCCGGUCCCUGCUGCUGAGGCGACCAAGAGGAAAUGGGAUGACGUGCCCAUUCUAAACCAGUACACCAAGGGCUACCUGGAGAAAGAGUGUGUGGACUGGCUCUCCAAGUUCAUGGGCUAUGGAGAAGCAUCGCUAAAAACACACAUUCCACCGGAUGUGUUUAUAUUCGCAAAGAAAUCAGUAACCAACUCCAACAAGUUGACCCUGACCUGCAUGGCCACCGGUUUCUACCCUCCUGAUGUGCAGAUGUAUAUAAGAAAAUCUAGAACUACUCUGCCUGAACAUCUAACAACAUCUUCAGGAAUCAGACCCAACGAUGAUGGCACUUACCAGCUGAGGAAGUGUGUGGAUGUCCUGGAGGAGGAUAAAGCUCGUUACGAUUGUUACGUCACCCACAGCACCCUCAACGAGCCAAUAAUUACAAAGUGGUCUACAGAUGGAAAAUGCUUUGACUGUGAUGUGGUUUUGCCUGCAAUCGUUGGAGGUGUGAUUGGGCUGGUGGCCACGCUGUUUUUGGUCGGACUGGUCCUCUUCAUUCUUAAAAAGAGAGGAAUAAUCACAAGUAGUUGUGGAUCGAAUGGAGACAGAAAUGCCAAUGGGUAUAACCCAACAGAUACAGGACCAGUGACAGCUGUGAAUGUGAAUGAAGACCAUGCUCAAGUGCCUGCAGAAUCAGUGGCAGUGAAUGUGAAUGGAAAUGGGGUCUAUACUCAAGUGCCUGCAGUCCCAGACAUGGACAAUGGACCCAAGAGCAGCAAGGAAAGCCUUGAAUCUGGAUCUGACUCUGGAGUGGGCAAUGGAUCAGCUGGCCGCAACGGCAGCUUUGGCAGUGCUUCGAAUAACUCUGGUCAAAACCAGGAGACGUCUGAAGAGGACACCCCAAUGCUACCGGAACAGCCAUGAGAGAACUCUGGAGGAACUGCUGAGUAACUCGGAUUUAGGUUAUGGUCCCUCAUCCAACAUGCUUUUUAUUGUUUUUAUUGUUUAAAAUCUAUUGAUAUACUGAUUAUAAAGAUUUAGCACUUUUAACAAGCCCUGAAAUGUAGCAUUAAAAAGCUUGUAAAAACCAGAAAAUGCAAAAUUGCUCUUAACCACAAAGUUAAUCAUUUAUAGAAAUAUCUAUUUUAUUAAUUGUCCUUAGCUUUUUUACAGAUUGAUUCGAAUGCAUCUUAAAUAGUGAGACGUAAACGUCCUCUCACCUCGAGCACAGGGCUGGUCAGCUACCAGCUCCUGACCACUAUGGUAUCACCAGGGAACAGGCAUAUUUAUUAUGCCUGUAUAAUGCAUCUUUUACCGUGUGAAUUGAUACUGCUUGUGAUAAGUAAUGAUUGUAAAAGUAGUAUGUAAUAGAAGCUGGUGGAAGGUAAUAAUAAUAAUAAGGUAAUACAUAAUUCCUCUGUACGCUGUUGCUUUGAUCAUCAUUCAUGAUUUACAUAACGCUUUACCAAACCCAAGCAGCUUUUGUACGAUCAUGAGACAAAUGGCACCAUGUACACAGUGUCGGAGUAUCCACACUGAUGGUAAUAAUUUAUUAUCAUACAGAACAUAAAUGCUUUUAAAAUUAACAGGUCUUUCUGACUACCUCAGUGUCUUUUAGAUCCUGUAGCAACUCAUAAUGUAAUAACUGAGUAUAAUGUAAUAAAAUCUUCAUCUAAUAAUGUAAUAAGAUUUAUGCACAUAAUGAAGUAAGGUAUUACAUUGUGGUGCGAAUAUACCAUACCUCUAAACUUAUAUAUAUAUACACACACACACACAAACACACACAUAUAUAUAUAUAUAUAUAUAUAUAUAUAUAUAUAU